AUGGUGGUGCCCAAGGAGGUACCAUUCGAUGGACAAGAUCUCGCCAUGCCAAGAAUGGCAAUGCACUGCACAUGGUUCUUCUUGUCGUCUCUGCAGCAGUCUCUGAAGCAAGUGACGCUGCAAGAGCUCGAUGCAGCUUUCACCUCUGGCAUGCAGCUAUUCCUCGCACGGUUUCCAGCUGCCGCAGCGAGAACACGCCACGACAAAGAGACCACAAGAUGGUGCUUGGAAUACAACGAUCAAGGCGCGGAUCUCGAGGUGGUCCAGCUCGAAAGACCGCUCGGAAACGAUUGGAAGGGUCUCGAUGGCAAGUACGACCCAGCGUUUGCACCUCGGCCUGUCAUGAUCGUCGACGACGACGCCACCGUCUUUUCGGUCAAGGUGACACGCUUCUCCUGCGGCUCCCUCGCGCUGAGCACGAGCACGCAUCAUUGGCUGGUCGACUUUGUCGGAUACAUCGAUCUGAUGGAGCAGCUUUCGAGCUGUGUAGCGGUCUUUAUUCAAGAUCCGAAUGCUCGAGUUGACAUUGGAGCAGGCGCGACCUCGUUCGAUUGGUCCAGAGAUCUGCUGUCGUACGCCAAUCAGGUCGAGCCCGAGCCUAUUCCCAGCGAGACUUGGUUUGCUGAGCGUGGCACUCCUCCUCAGAUGACACGAACGCCGUCGAGCUGUCAGUACGCUUCUCUGCUCUUCACCCCCUCUUCGCUCGAUAGACUCAAGCGCUCUUGUGCAGAAUGGGCCCUGGAAAGCACCUCGGACGCUUCCACCGAUCGCAUUCUUCCCUCCAAAGAAACCUGGAUUGGCACCAACGACGCGCUCCACGCACUACUCUGGUCAGCCAUCACCGACGCCCGCAGCCUCGACCCUCUCGCGACCACUUCACUCCACACCCCUCUCGACGGUCGACGACUUCUCCCCACCACCUCUACCCGUGGCAAAUACAUCGGCAACGUCCACCCCGCUCAUGUCUUUCCGCUCAGCACCGACCUCGUAACCACAAGUCCUCGUUCUUCCCUCUUCCACCUCGCCUACCUCAUCCGCACGCGCUACCUCUCCAUCACCCCUGGUCAAAUGUCCUCCGUCAUCCGCCACCACAACUACACCACCUCCCCGCAAUUCGGCCCGGGUCUCCUGCCCAAAUGCACCAGCAUGUUCGGCAACGACGUCACCAUCAGCAACAUUGCUCGACUCCCGACCGUUGAACGACUCGAUUUCGGCUCAAAGCUCGGUAGACCGUACAUGCAGACUGUGAUCGGAAUGGUUCCUGUGACGUUGAAUGGUUUGACGUUGGACUCGGCUGAUGGAACGUGCUUCAUCGUCAAGGCUCCUGCUGCAUGGACUUCGAAGGAAGAAGUGUUGCACUACCAGCCGAAAGAAGGUGAGGAGGAGGAGGGAUCCAGUGGAAUGCUGGCUUUCGUUGGAAUGCGUUGCCAGGAGAUGCAAAAGCUCCUCCAGAAUGAGCUGCUGCGAGAGUUCGCCAUCGUCCUGUAG